AUGGAGCGGUCUCUGGACUUAGCCAAUAUGUCCAGAGUCCAAGAGUUUAUCCUACUGGGUUUGUCUGCCAGGCAAGGUAUAAGGGACGUCCUGUUUGUCGUCUUCCUGGCCCUCUACCUGCUGACCCUCCUGGAGAACACACUCAUCGUCUUCCUCAUCUGCAGUCACACCGACCUCCACAAGCCCAUGUACUUCUUCCUGGGAAACCUGAGCUGCCUGGAGAUGUGCUACGUGUCAGUGACCAUGCCCAGCCUGCUCGUGGGGCUGAGAGCCAGUCCGUGCCAUGUGCCUUUCGCCGUCUGCAUAAUUCAGUUUUUUUUAUUCAUAUCGCUCAUCGGCACCAAGUGCACCCUCCUGGCCUCCAUGGCCUAUGAUCGCUAUGUGGCCAUCUGCCGCCCACUCCACUACCCACUGCUCAUGAGGCCCCAGGUCUGCCUGAGCUUGGCCAUGACGUCGUGGCUUGGGGGGCUGCUGGUCUCAGUGGUCAAGACAACAUGCAUCGCCAGCCUGUCCUACUGUGGCCCCAAUGUCCUCAACCACUUCUUCUGUGAUGUCUCGCCUCUGCUCGACCUGUCCUGCACCCACGUGGCCCUGACGGAGCUGGUGGACUUCAUCUCUGCCAUCCUCACUUUCUGUGGGACACUGCUGAUUGCUCUGGGCUCAUACGCCGCCAUCGGGAGGGCUGUGCUGCGCAUGCCUUCUGCCACCGCCCGCUGCAAAGCCUUCUCCACCUGCGCCUCCCACCUGGUGGUGGUGGGCAUCUUCUACUCAGUGGUCCUCUUUGUGUAUUCCCGCCCCAGCCGGGUGGAACCCACCAACCUCAACAAGGUGCUGUCCAUCAUCUACACGGUGGCCACGCCCAUAUGCAGCCCGAUUGUCUACUGCCUGCGGAACAGGGAGGUCCACGCAGCGCUCCAGAAAACCCUCCACCCGCGCCGAGUCUCCUCAGGGAGCGCUCACGUUUCCUGCUCCUGA